AUGGCAAUCUCAUCAAAUGAUCGCUUUGAAUGGAAGCUAACAAAGCCCGGGCGAUGGGAAAGAGAUAUUGAUGAGGUAGAAGAAUUCUACACCUCGCUAGCGAAAGCCUUUGAGGGAACAGGAAGAGUCUUCUUUGCCAUGACCGGGUUUAUUUCGUUUUCCAUUCCUGUACAGACAGGUAGCGACUCUUUCGAAACAGAGAAAAGAGUCGAGACGGCGCUUAAAAACGCCUGGACUCGUCUCCGCUUCGACCAUCCAACCAUCGCCUCCAGAGUGCAGUUUGACCCGGCUCAGCAAAAAUACAAGAAGACCUACGAGACCUUCACCGAUAGCGCAUCCCAGCGUCAAUGGCUGGAUGAUACGUUCCGUGUGGUACCAGAGAGAAUUUCGGGGCUUGAGUGGUGUAAUUCCGACCCCCCAGUUCCCGCUCUACCGACUCUGUUCCUCAUCAAAUCACCAACAUCGAAUGGGGAUACCUUUCGCGCUGAUCUUGUCCUUCGCUCGCAUCACGACAUCAUCGACGGCAUGGGUACCCUGCUUCUGUUCAACAAUCUUUUCUCUCUUGCAGCCGAUGCAUACGAGCAAACUGAAUACGAUUUACCUCCAUUUGGCGACGAGUGGUCAAACCUCAGCCCGCCCCUCAGAAUGGCAGCUGGGAUACCGGCUUCUCUCUCACCAGAGCAUGAAGAACAGAUGCGCGGAAUACUCCAACACAACGCCUCAUUGAAGGAAGACAUUGAAACAGCAAGCCCGCCAUUCCAGCGACAAAGUGCCGUCCCCGGAAAGCACCAACGGGUUGCAGUUACUUUAUCCGAGGAUACAACGGCGAGAGUUUUGGAAAAAUGUCGCAGUCUCGGGCUCAGCAUCACGCACGCGUACCAUGCUGCAAUUGCGCUGGCUGUUAGGGACCUGCAGGAACGUAAAGAGAGCGAGCGCAUGGUACGAUACAUCAGCUAUUGCUUAGUAAACGAGCGCCAUCACUGCAAUCCCCCAUACAGCACAUCGGCCCAUCCCGCCACAGUGUACCACUCAGUAUCCGGUCGAUGUUUGGCUGUCGACCUUACCGUACACGCAGUAGAGAGUUCUGACGGGACUCCAACCGACGAGGAAGAAUUCCUCCCCAUUGCUCAGCACAUCCGCGACUACUACCUGGACAUUCGCGACGACGUGGAGUACAUUAAGCUCAUUCCAGCCUUCUGGGCGAUGUCGAUUUCCCCGUAUCCUGGGCCCGACCCUCCCGUAAUCCCAGCACGGAAUGAGUCUCCUUCGGCGUCGAUUUCCAGUAUGGGUGUCCUGGACAAGGCUAUUCGCCAUAAUUACGGUAGUUUCAGCGUCGAUGAUCCUUGGGUCACCGGCGAGGAGCUAGGAACUGGACUUGGGGUGUUCCUGGGCACAUGGAAAGGGAGGUUGACUCUUAGUGCGGCGUAUAAUGAUGCCUGGCAUGGAAAGGAGGAGGUCCUGGACGUCUUGAGUCGGUGCAAUGAUGUUUCAUUGCAAGGACUAGGUAUUGGGGAGGCAACAUCGUUCUAG